ACUUAAGCGUUUCUGAAGUGUAACACUGUACUCGAGGAAGAUUACAGGGGAGCACGCGAGUCAACGGAGGUUACACGAGGGGCGGACAAAGAAUGCGAAAGGACUCGAAAGGUCGCAACUGGAGGUUGCGACUGACCGUUACAACAUCACGGAUGGGGAGCACGCGAGUCAACGGAGGUUACACGAGGGGGCGGACAAAGAAAGCGAAAGGACUCGAAAGGUCGCAACUGGAGGUUGCGACUGACCGUUACAACAUCACGGAUGUACAAGGGUUCAACUGCCUCAACUUCCGCUGCACUACUCCAAGUCUCAAGUCUUUACAGCUGGGACUUAAUCUCUGCAAAAGAUCCUAAAGGGUUUUUCUCAGCCCAACAUGGGGAGCACGCGAGUCAACGGAGGUUACACGAGGGGGCGGACAAAGAAAGCGAAAGGACUCGAAAGGUCGCAACUGGAGGUUGCGACUGACCGUUACAACAUCACGGAUGUACAAGGGUUCAACUGCCUCAACUUCCGCUGCACUACUCCAAGUCUCAAGUCUUUACAGCUGGGACUUAAUCUCUGCAAAAGAUCCUAAAGGGUUUUUCUCAG